AAAACAGAAAUGUUCUCAAGUCUCAAGAACGAAUACCAACUCUGCGAACAGAUCGGCCGAGGUCGCUUCGGAGUCGUCUACCGUUGCUUCGAUCCGAUCUCCGGCCAAUCCUUCGCCUGCAAAUCAAUCGACAAAACCCUUCUCUCCGAUCCAAUCGAUCGCGAUUGCAUCGACAAAGAACCCAAAAUUCUCCACCUCCUAUCCUCCUCCGGCGGCGGCGCCGGCAACGGCAACACAAACGUCCUUCAAAUCCACAAAAUCUACGAAGACGAUCACUUCCUCCACAUCAUAACCGACCUCUGCGACGGCGCCGACCUCUUCGACAGACUCUCUUCCAAACGCACGUUCUCAGAAUCCGACGCAGCGUUCAUUUUCCACCAACUAAUCGCCGCUAUAGCUCACUGCCAUCGCAUGGGAAUCGCUCACCGCGAUAUCAAACCCGACAACGUAUUAUUCGAUUCUCGCAACAGAUUGAAGCUCGCCGACUUCGGAUCGGCCGAAUGGUUCGGAAUCGCCGAAGGCAGAACGAUGACCGGAGUCGUCGGAACGCCGUACUACGUCGCGCCGGAGAUUCUGUUAGGAAGAGAGUACAAUGAGAAGGUUGAUGUUUGGAGCGCCGGCGUAAUUUUAUACAUAAUGCUCUCCGGCGUACCGCCGUUCUAUGGCGAGUCAUCGACGGAGACGUUUGAAGCUGUGUUGCGCGGGAAUCUUCGAUUUCCGCCGAGGAAUUUCAGAUCGGUAUCAUCUGAAGCAAAGGAUCUUUUAAGGAAGAUGAUCUGUAAAGAUGUUUCUAGACGACUAUCAGCUGAACAAGUUCUGAGGCAUCCAUGGAUGAUUAACGGGGGAGAGAUUCGUUCUGUUGAAGAAUGAAGAUAUAUAUAUAUAUAUAUAUAUAUAUAUAUAUAUAUAUAAUUAAUCUAGUUUAGUGUGUUAAUCGAUCGAUCGAUCGAUGGAUGGAUGGAUCUUCAACAUAUAUUGAAUCCUGAUGCAUGAUCAGUCAGUUCAGAGGAUCGGGAUUCUUCCUGAAAUUUUAUAUAAGGAGGAAAGUCCUAUUAAUUAAUAUAGCUAUAUAUGAUGAUGAAUUAACUAAAUUCUCUUUUAUCCUUUUUCCCUUUUGGCAAGAGAGAAUCUUAAUAUAUAUAUAUAUGAGAGUAUGAAUAAUAUGAUGAAUACCUCCAAGUAACCCUUUUUUACAAAGGAACUUUGGAAGAGUAUUUUCAA